AUGUCCAAAGACAUCCAGAUUUUAUAUGCCCACACAGUCUGGGGCCCAAAUAACAUUGACUUUAUUUCUGGAUACCUCUAUAAAGAUGUUAAAAUGACUAAGAAAUAUAUUGUAAAAGAAGGUUAUGACAAGACAAACUAUGGAAACAGAAGAGAAUGGAUCAUCCCUGGAGAACAGGCACCAACACAAGAAAAAUCACAGAGAAUCAAAGGAGAUCCUUUUUGGCCUGUUUGUGGGAGGUUUGCCAAGUGUUGUACGCUGUACAUCGGGAGCAAGAUCAGCCUCAUCUCCAAGGCCAAGAUCCGCUACGAGGGCAUCCUCUACACCAUCGACACCGAGAACUCCACUGUCGCCUUGGCCAAAGUUCGUUCAUUCGGUACGGAAGAUAGACCAACGGAUCGGCCAAUCCCACCUCAUGAUGAAGUAUUUGAAUACAUUAUUUUCCGUGGCAGUGAUAUUAAGGAUUUAACUGUUUGUGAACCGCCCAAACCACAGUGUUCUCUGCCUCAGGAUCCAGCUAUUGUUCAGUCCUCUCUAGGGUCGUCUUCUACUUCUUCAUUCCAGUCGGUGGGCUCCUAUGGUCCCUUUGGCAGAAUGCCAGCCUACAACAGCCAGUUCAGUCCAAGUCCAUUAGUGGGCCAGCAGUUCAGUGCUGUUGGUGUUGGAAGUUCACUGACGUCUUUUGGUGCGGAACCGUCAUCCAAUGCUAAUUUGUCCCAGAGCAAUGCAGUGGGUUCUACUUUCACAACUGAUGCAAGAUCCCUAAAAAAACAGCUCUCACAAGGGCGUUCAAGUCCUCCAUUAGACCACUUGAAAAAGAGCCCAACCCUGGAACAAGCUGUGCAGACUGCCUCAAGCCACUUAUCUGCCACAGCGCCCAUUGGAAGAAGGAGUCCUGUUUCUGCCAGACCCCUGGGAGUUGCCAGCCAAAAAACAUUAGAGAAUCAGGACCACAGAAGAGCUGAAGCACACAAGAUGUCAAGGUGUGAAGCGGAGCAUCUCAGAAAUGAGAAUAAAUGUCAAAUUGGUAAAUUGAAUAUUUCUUCCAGUGUGCCUGUGUGUGUAGGGCUUCACUGUACUGUAUGUUUUUGA